AUGGUUAAACAAAACGACGUCAUCGCCAUUAUCAUCAUCAUCUUGUUCAUCGUCCUGGCGGGCAUCUCGUUCGGAAUCUACAAGCUCGUCUCGAUGGCGAGGUCCAGCGUCAGCGUCACGUCGUCGUCCAGCACGGGCAGCACUUCAUUAGUCGACGACGAUCAAUGA